AUGUUGCAAUUGCUUGUUUUCUCGUCCUUGAUCGCUGUCACACUUGCCUCUUAUGGUGCAAACUUGAACUACCGCUCUCCAUCUUUGCACCACCCAGGCCUGGGAAUAUCCGUCCGCAAGGUUGUCAAACGCCAUGACCCGAGUGCGGCCUAUGAGCCGUCCCAGCUCAACUUCACUCAUGGCGUGGCCUCGGGUGACCCAUACCCCAACAGCGUGAUCCUAUGGACAAGAUGCUCUCCUACCUUUGACGAUGUCAAGGACAACAGCACCACCUCUGGCACUGUGCCGCUUUACAACCCAGUGCCCAUUUACAAUGACACCGACGAAGGCAAGCCGCCAUCUACCGCCCCGGUCUGCCUGAACUGGAAGAUUGCCUCGGACAGCAAACUGUCGAAUGUGGUCGACUCGGGAACAGUCUACACCAGCUCUGAUGUCGACUACACCGUCAAGGUGGAAGCGACCAAACUCAAGCCUUACACCCAAUAUUGGUAUCAAUUCAACGUGUGCAACUCGAACGUGUCCAGCUUGGUCGGCAGAACCAAGACCACCCCUUCGCCCGAUGACCACGUCAAUGGCGUCAACCUUGCCGUUUACUCGUGCAGCAAUUUCCCCUUCGGCUACUUCAACGCCUACGGGAAUCCAGUCCGAAAAGACUCGGUCGACUAUGUUCUGCAUCUUGGAGACUAUAUCUACGAGUAUGCCAAUGGCGAGUACGGAUGGGGCCAGACCAUCGGCCGUAUCCCUCUGCCGGACAGACAAAUCUACACGCUCUACGACUACCGCAAGAGACACGCCACAUACCGGACUGACCAGGAUUUGGUUCUCAGCCACCAAAACUACCCAUGGAUUCCUGUUUGGGAUGAUCACGAGGUUGCAGACAACACUUACCGAGAUGGCUCUUCCGAGCUCAACAACACGGAAGCCUCGUUUAUCGAGGACGGAGGUGUGUCCGUUGACCAGAGGAAGAUGAACGCCGUGCGGGCGUACUUCGAAUGGCUCCCGAUUCGCCAGGUCGAGAUGGGUGACGAUCUCCGAAUCUGGCGCUCAUUCUCCUUCGGCAAUCUAUUGGACAUCAUCAUGCUUGACACACGACAGUACGACCGGUCCAUUACCGAUCUAUACUGGAACACGGACUACGUGCACGCCAUCUCCAACGACGCAGGCCGGUCGAUGAUGGGAUCCCGACAAGAGAACUGGUUCUAUCAAUCGCUGAUCAACUCCAAGAACCGAGGAGCGACGUGGCGCCUGAUCGGCUCGCAGACGGUGUUCAGCCGCAUCAACGAGUCCUUGGCUUAUGGCAACGUCAACCCACUCGACUACGAUGCCUGGGACGGGUACCAAGCCAACCGCAACCGAACCUUCCAGACGCUGUACAACAACAACAUCACCAACAACAUCCUGAUCUCCGGCGACAGUCACGCCAACUGGGUCUCGGAUCUGGUGUGGCUGGAUGAGCAUCCCUAUGACCCUGCCACGGGCAACGGCUCCAUCGGCGUCGAGUUUGGCGGCACCGCCGUCUCGUCCCCUUCGCCUGGUGGUCAGAACAUUUCCAUCGCCGCCAGCGUCGACGCCAGCCAGUGGCUCGUCGGCGCCAACCGCGAGCUGCAGUGGAGCGAACUCUAUUACCGUGGUUACUUCGAGCUGCAUAUCACCCAGCAGCAAGUUCAGGCCUUUUACUUCGGCAUGCCAACUGUCAUCAACCGCAACCCAGGGGAGAUCUCGCUGGCCAACUUUACUGUUAUUAAUGGCGAGAACCAUCUGCAUCGCUUCAAUGGCACUGUUGUCCCUGGCCCUGUUGAGAACGGAUACGUCAAGUUCGGCCAGGUUAAGCAGACCAACAUUACAAACUCUACGGAUACGGGUCGGUACUAUAUCAGUCAUGAGGACGUUGAGGACUUGUAG